AUGGCUUCUCUGUCAAACAUGUUGAUACUUGUAAUUGGAUUGUUGGGGUUGUAUGGUACAGUGAGGAGUGACCCAGACACCAGUGUGACUCUCAUCCUGUGCAAUGGGGGAGGGUAUACAAAAGGGGAUCCUUUUGCUACUAGUCUGACCUAUGUUGUUGAAGAUUUAGAGGCCAAAACGCCCAAAAGGAAAGGCUACAACUACUACAACAUCUCUCCAUAUCCCAAUUCAUUUGCUUAUGGCUAUGCCUCCUGUAGCCAAAAUCUCACAAGCAAGGACUGCUCUACAUGUCUCAGUUCGGCGAAAACAGCCAUGUUUGGAACCUGCGAUAACCGGAUCGGAGCUCGAGCUGUCCUCCAUGAUUGUCAAAUUAGGUAUGAGCAAUACCCAUUUGAUGAUUAG